CUUUGCGACCGCCACAAACCGAUCACCGGUCCUGAAGGAGGAGAUAGCUCCAAGCCAUUUAAUCCGUCAAAUCUUCACCAAAAGUUGACUAUGGGAGACAUUGCCAAGGGAAAGAAGGCCUUUGUCCAGAAGUGUGCUCAGUGCCACACAGUAGAGAACGGUGGCAAGCACAAGGUGGGCCCAAACCUCUGGGGUCUGUUCGGACGCAAGACCGGGCAGGCAGAGGGCUACUCGUACACGGAUGCCAACAAGAGUAAAGGUAUCGUGUGGGGCGAGGACACUUUGAUGGAGUACCUGGAGAACCCCAAGAAGUACAUUCCUGGAACCAAAAUGAUCUUCGCCGGCAUCAAGAAGAAGGGAGAGCGCGGGGACCUCAUCGCAUACCUUAAAUCAGCAACAUCAUGAAGUUGACAUGAAUAUCUGAAUAUUUAAUGUCAUUUUAAUGUUUUUUUUGUUUGUUUUGUUUGUUUUGUUUUAUUAUUAGGCUUGCACCUGCUACAUAUAUGAUUUUAUGUUUAGACAUUUGUACAGAAGGAUAAUUUAUGUUUCUAGGAUUUUUCGAAAAAUGGCACUUAUUGAUGAGUUGUUCCGUACAAGUGGCCAAACAUAAAAACUAAAGUCCUCCAUCUUUUUCUUUUUUUUCUCCCCUCAACAUUAACGAGGAUUUUAAAAAAGAAGAAAACUAAUCACAUUAUUUAAAAACAUGCUAGCCUCUCGAUAGGUUGCUCGACCUGUCACUCAUACUGUUUCCAUGACAACGCGUGUCUGGUACUGUCUGAUAACUGGGCCAUCCGCCAUCAACCUCAUUUUUAAAAAACUGUAACUAAACAUUAAAAAGAAAACAACAAUCUGUGAAGUCCGUGAUACAGGGUGGUACUCGUGAGAUAUUGUUGGGUGGUUAAACGGUGCUGAUACAAUCCACUAUUAGCUUUCAUGCUAACUGCAGUUUCUGAAGGAGUAGCUCAAUGGGCACAGUGUGACUUUUCAGCACUCCUCUUCCAAGAUUAACGGAGAUCUUUCCUCUCUGUCUUAAAAUAUCUUACCCUUUGUCAGAAACUACACUUUUCCAUGAAUGCUCUUUUAGACUCCUUUCAGGUACAGAAUGAAGAAUUUCUCCUCUAAAAUAACGUCGAGGGCGAUACCUCUUGUUGCGUUCCAGGUCUCCUGACAGAGGCUUAAUCUGUCAGAUUACUGAAGCAGCCCCUUUUAUUCUCCUCUACCCCUCUCUGCCUGUCAUCAGACUCAAUAUGAGGUUUUUAAAAGGUUUUAAAAGUUGUACUAAAGAGUUACACACUGUUAUCUUCCUCCUUUUUAUAGCUGUGGGGUAUAAUUAUGUACCAAUGCCUUGAAGUACGCCACCAUUGCUGAGAUAAGCUGGCAUACGGUCACCAUGCCGACAGUGUUUUCUAGAGGUACUGAUCAAAUAGAGAAACUAUCAGUUGCAUAUUGAAGGAAGAUUUUGUUAUUUACCUGGUUUCACAGGCCUGAACGAGUAUGUUUUAACUUAUUUUACUGUAAUUGGACAAUAGUGCAAAAGGCUGUAAAAUAUUUCCACGGGGCUGCUCGCUGUCAGUGUGUGCGCAGCAACAUAAUGUAUGCACUUACAAUGAUAUUACAUAAUAUGGUAGCUAUGUUGUGUGGUUGUGGACAGGAUGGUUGAAGGAUCAAUUAAAAACAAAACGUCCAGAAAUGUGA